AUGGCAUCUGAGACUGAAAAGGCCCAUGCUCUUCUCCAAACUUUCAGCACAGCUUCAGUUAUUUCUAGUCUAGGUUUGGGAAUAUUCUGCUUUGUAGCAGACAGACUUCUGCAGUUUUCCUUCAUUCAGCAAAAUGACUGGCUCCGAGCCUUCUCUGAUAAUGCAGUGCAUGGUAUACUAGGAAUGUGGUCCUGAGCAAUAGUGAUUGCUAGAAAGAAAAGUGAUUGCACUGAAGUCACUCUGGCUGGCUUCCUUGCCUCUGUCAUUGAUGUGGACCACUUCUUUCUUGCUGGCCUCCCUGCUGCUCCGACUCUUCCACAGAGACCACUUCUUCAUUGUUCUACUGUGAUUCCUGUUGUGGCUCUGACAUUAAAGUUUAUUAUGCACCUUUUCAGGCUUAAGAACUCACAGUGUUUUCUUCCCUGGAUGUUGUUCAUAUCCUGGACUUCUCAUCACAUCCAUGACGGGAUUCGUCAUGGCCUCUGGAUCUGCCCAUUUGGAAAAACUUCUCCUUUGCCAUAUUGGCUGUAUGUGGCAAUUACAGCAUCUUUACCUCAUCUAUGUUCAUUUAUUAUGUAUUUAACAGGCACUAGAGAAUUAAUGUCUAUAAAACACGGAAUCCGCAUUGAUGUAUAA